AUGGCCACAGUAUCAUUGAAUAUAACUUAUUUAACGACUUCAAAAAAAUUUACUGCAAGCAAAUCACAAACUAUUUCACAAUUGGUUUCACAAUGUUUAACUGGUUUUAAAAUUGACUCAACUACAUACACUGGAGAUUUAUAUCACAAUGAUAAAAUUUUAGAUAGUUCAACUCCAAUUAGAUUAACCAAUCUUAUCAAUAACUCCAAAUUGACUUUAAAAUUGAAAAAAAUUGACAUAAACAAAGAAAUUAAUGUUAAAUUCACAAGUUCAAAAGGUACCUCAAUAAGUAAAUUUAAUGCAACAACCACCCUAAAACAAUUAGUAGAAUCAUUCAAAUAUCCCAUUAAAAACACUCAAUUAAGAAUUUUAAAUUUAACAAUAGAUUUUAUCAACUAUGAAAAAACAACAUUGGGAUCAAUUGUAGGUAAUGCAAAUAGUGUAGUUAUAAGAAUUGAAGAAAUUAAAUCCAAAACUCAAAUAGCUGAAUUAAAUAAAAAACAAGAAGAAGCUAAUCAAUUAUAUAUACAACAAGAAUUAGCGCGCAAAAAAUUGGAAGAAGAAAAAUUAGCUAAAGAAAGGAAAGAACAAGAACAUAGAGAAGAAUAUGCACAAACUCAUGAUGAAUUGAAAAAAACUACUACAAAUGAAGAAAAUGAAGAUGUUGAAAUGACAGAUGUUGAACAACCACCAACUUCACAAGACAACCCAAAUUUAAUUGUUUCAGAUAUACCAUCAAAACAAAAUAAUACAGAAUCUGCAGAAUUGAUAGAAUCAUCAUCAUCAUACGUAUACAAAGAAGAAGAAUUUCAAGAAACUCCACAAUUAUACAUUCCAUCAUCAACUUCAAACAACUCAAACCAACAACAAUAUCAAAAUCCAGAUGAAGAUUAUAACAUGACUGUAAAUCAAGCAAAAACUUAUCAAAAUGUAAUUAGAGCUUCAGCAAAAAGAACUAAACCAAAAGAUUCCAAACUACCUACUAAAUACUUAAUUAGAAUUAAAUUCCCCGAUGGAUCCAUUUUACAAUUAAAUUUUUUAGAAAAUAUAAAUUCAUUGAAAUUCGGUCAAUUUAUAAAAAGAAUAGAUGAUUUAUUAUUACCUCAAUUUUUAAAUAAUUAUAAUUUAAAAUUAGGUUAUCCACCAUUCACAAAAUUAACACAAUCAUUUACCACUAACAAUGAGUUACUCAUAAAUUUAAAAGAAUUUCAAAAUGAACAAAUUAUUUUAAUUUGGGAAAAUUCAUUAGCUUCAAAAGGUCCAUUUUUAAAUAAUACUUCUCAAGAUUUAAUUAUAAAAGCUAAAGAUGAAUUACCUGAAAGAAAAUUGGAAAAGAAUAGAUCAUUAUUACCUGAUGAUAAUCAUCAUAAAUCAAAGCUGUUUUUCGGCAAGUCAAAAUCAAGUGCAAAUGAUAAUGAUGGUGACGAAGAUAAAAAGAAAUCAAAAUUAUCAAAAUGGUUAAAGAUCAGUAAAAAAUAG